AUGAUCGCCGCCUCGUUGAGGAGCUGCUCGUUGGGGGGAGGCGGAGGAGGGGACCAGUCGCCGCCGCGGCCGCCGCCGCCGCACCUCGCCGAGGCGACCGACGAGAGCGCUGGGGGAAUCACGGUGGAGCUGAACUCCGACACCGCCCUCCCGUACCACUGGGAGCAGUGCCUUGACAUGCGGACGGGAGAAAUCUACUACAUCAACCGGGAGACCGGCGUCAGGACCGGCGAGGACCCUCGCACCGCCGCUGCCUCUUCCUCAGCCUACUCUUCGAGCUACUACUGCGACGGAGACGGGACAUCCGAUGAGUACAGCUGCUCCCGUGUCGGCAGCGAGGACGUCGACUACGAGGAGGAGGAGGAGGAUGACGGCGACACCGCUGACUCCUCCACCCUCUCCUGCACUUCCCCACCGGAGUCCUCCGCCAACGAGGAGCCCGGCGGCCAAAUCCUCGUCGCCGCUGGCUGCAAGGCCUGCUUCAUGUACUUCAUGGUCCCCAAGCGCGUGGACGCCUGCCCCAAGUGCGGCGGCAGCCUCCUCCACCUCGGCCGCAACGGCUGCGUUUGAAACUUCGAUCUUGUUCUUAUAUGUUGGAGCACUUCAGUGAGAAAAAGAUCGAAGUUUUAGCACAAAGUUCCAAUUUUUUCGCUUCCGUUCGACGCGAAUCAGUGUGAAUUCCUCUUCUAUUCAAAGAAUGACAAACAACGUGCCUUCGAUUC